AAACAUUGUGCGGUUCGCAAAGUGCGAUAGCGUAUAGAUUUCGCCGCAUUUUUUGGCUUUAAACGUGUUAUUCAUCUGAAGUUUGCAGCAAUUUGACCAGUAUGAACAUUUUUCAGAGGCAUUUAACAUCCAGAAGGAUUUCGUUGCUAACUUUUGCGCGAUUAGAGUUACUCAGUCCGGCUGCUACAUAUUCCACAAAACCGGACCCCGCUGCUGCAGCACCAAAAUUUCAGCCACAAACACGAAGCGCAAAUCCGGCAACCAGCGGAGCCGAACGUAAAAGCAUGAUUCCUCCGGAAUAUCGUUACAUAUAUCAGGAGUUUCUGCCGGAUCCUAAAGUCGAAUGGCGUAACCAGAUUCGGGAAAAGCUUGAACGGCUAGAUAUGCUGAACCGUCGAUCGAAUGUCGAUAUUCCCGAGUUUUACGUCGGAUCAGUGUUGGCGGUAACCUCAUCGGAUGUGCACGCCGAAGGGAAAACUUCCCGUUUCGUGGGCAUUUGUAUUAUGCGGGAAAAGUGUGGUUUACGGGCUCGGUUUAUUCUAAGAAACGUAGUUGAUAAUCAGGGAAUCGAAAUCAGCUACGAUUUGUACGAUCCAACGUUACUAAAGAUUGAGGUUUUACGACUGGAAAAACGUUUAGAUGACCACCUGAUCUAUCUACGGGAUGCCCUGGAUGAGUACAGUACAUUCAGUUUGAACAUGGAGCCGGAGUCACUGCCCGAAGGGGCUCCAGUUCCUGUGAACGAUGUGAAGGUGGUUAUGAAACCGAGACCGUGGUACGAUCGUUGGGAGCGACACGAUCUGCAGGGUGUGGCCAACGUAGACGAGCAUACGAACGAGAAAAAGCGUCUUAAGGCCGAGAAGCUGGCCACACCGUGGGAACGGUUCGAUCUGAUGAAGGAGUACAGACGAACUAUACCGGAGGAAGAGCAAAAGGAGAUCUUUGCCGAAGUUUACUCGCAGCUGCAUCAGCAGGAGUUGGCCCGUAAAAAGAUGAAGAGAAAGCGUACUUUUGUUAAACCGACAAAACUAGCUUAAUAGAAUGAAUGAUAAA